GCCCCUGACCUACUGCUUCUCUUGUGUGUUUGUCUUGAACUCAACUGGUAAACAUGUUUGCCGCUCUCCUGAAGUUAGACUUAGCCUCUGUGGGCUUGACCCUGUUCCUAGGCUUGAUUUUUCUGGUUCUUUUUGAGAUCUUCAGGAUUAAUUCCUACAAAGGUCGAUUUCCACCUGGUCCAACACCUCUUCCUUUUGUGGGAAACCUACCACAUUCCUUGAAGAACCCAAUGGAGUUCAUAAGAUCUAUGCCUCAAUAUGGAGAAAUGACCACUAUGUAUCUCGGAAGAAGGCCAGCGAUAGUCCUCAACACAAUCCAGCUUGCUAAGGAAGCCUUUGUUCAGGAUGCUUUUUCUGGAAGACCGUUUCUGCCUGUUAUGGACUGGGUAGCUAAUGGACUCGGGAUAAUAAUGGUCACGUUUAACCACUCCUGGAGGCAGCAGAGACGGUUCGCUCUGCACACACUCAGAAACUUUGGCCUGGGGAAAAAAUCAGUAGAAGAUCGUGUGUUAGAGGAAAGCCGAUAUCUGAUUGCUGAAAUACUGAAAGGAGAAGGCAAGCCAAUGAGUCCCCAUCAUCCCAUACAGAACGCCGUUUCCAACAUUAUCUGCUCCAUCGUGUUUGGAGAUCGCUUCGACUACGAUAACAAACGCUUUGAAUACCUUCUGGAACUCCUAAAUGAAAACUUUGUGCUCACUGGAUCAGCAGCAGGACAGAUUUUCAACUUGGCCCCCUUCAUCAAGCAUUUCCCUGGUCCACACCAGAAGAUCAAGCAGAACGCCAAUGAGUUGUUAGCUUUCAUUCAGGGUGAAGUUAAAGAACACAAAAAAACUCUGGAUCCAGACAGUCCACGAGACUUCAUUGAUGCCUAUCUGCUGGAGAUUGAGAAGCAAAAGUCCAACAAAGACUCCACAUUUCAUGAAGGAAACCUGGCUAUUUCAACAGCUGACCUGUUUCUGGCUGGAACCGACACCACAUCGACCACCAUCAGAUGGGGACUCCUUUUCUUGACUCAAAACCCAGAUGUACAAGAGCGAUGUCAUGAGGAGAUUGUUCAGGUUCUGGGUUACGACCGCUUACCCAGCAUGGAUGACCGUGACAAACUACCGUACACACUCGCCACUGUUCACGAGAUUCAGCGAUGUGCGAACCUUGUACCUUUUGGUGUGAUUCAUGAAACAAUUCAACCGACAAAACUACGUGGAUACGACAUUCCUCAGGGAACUGUAGUCAUGACAAACCUGGCUGCUAUUCUAAGCGAUAAGGAGCACUGGAAGCAUCCUGACACAUUUAACCCAGAGAAUUUCCUGGAUAAGAACGGACAAUUCAGCAAGCCGGAGUCUUUCAUUCCAUUUUCCCUGGGAUUCGUAUUUACAAAGGUCGAUAUCCACCUGGUCCCACACCUCUUCCUUUUGUGGGAACUAUACCUCAUUUCUUGAAGAACCCAAUGGGCUUCAUAAGAUCAUUAUCUCAGUAUGGAGAGAUGACUACUGUGUAUCUUGGGAGAAAGCCGGCGAUAAUUCUUAACGCACUCCAGCUCAUGAAGGAAGCCUUCGUCCAGAAUGGUUCAUCUUUCUCUGGAAGGCCACCAGUACCUGUUUUAACCUGGGUCAAUCAGGGAUACGGUAUCAUAAUGGCUAUGGAUGGUCACUCAUGGAGGCAGCAGAGACGGUUUGCUCUGCACACACUCAGAAACUUUGGUCUGGGAAAGAAGUCUGUGGAGGAACGUGUGACGGAGGAAAGCGGUUACCUGAUUUCUGAAUUGCUCAGAGUGGAAGGCAAACCGUUCAACCCCCAACACGCAAUACACAACGCUGCUGCCAACAUUAUCUGCUCCAUCGUGUUUGGAGAUCGAUUUGACUAUGAUAACAAGAGCUUCACGUAUCUUCUGGAAAUCAUAAAAGAAAACCUCGAUCUGGCAGGGUCAUUUGCUGGACAGAUGGUUAAUUUGGUUCCUAUCAUCAAAAAUUUGCCAGGGCCACAUCAGAAAAUAUAUCAGAAUGGAGAAGAAUUUAAGUCUUUCAUCAGGGAAUCAGUCAAAGCACACAGAGAAACUCUGGAUCCAGACAGUCCACGAGAUUUUAUUGAUGCCUACCUGCUGGAGAUGGAGAAACAAAAGUCCACUCAGGACUCCACUUUUCACGAGGAUAACAUGGUUAUGUCAGUGGGUGAUUUGUUUUUCGCUGGAACCGACACUACAGCGACCACCAUCAGAUGGGGACUCCUCUACUUGACUCAGAACCCAGAUGUACAAGAGCGAUGUCAUGAUGAGAUUGUUCAGGUUCUGGGUUUUGACUGCUUUCCCAGUAUGGAUGACCGUGACCAACUACCAUACACACUCGCCACUGUUCAUGAGAUUCAACGUUGUGCAAACGUCGCACCUUCUGGAGUGCCUCAUCAAACAACUAAACCAAUAAAACUAAGAGGAUACGACAUUCCUCAGGUGCUGAAUGAUCUUGUAUGUUAUGUUUGUAUGGGAAUGAAAUGAACUAAUAAAUGUUGUCUCGCAAGGGAA